CGCCACUUGUAGCAACAAAAUCUAUGGCCGAGACUCAGUGAUCGCGCGGAGCUCCAAUAAAGUCAGCUGGUUGCGCAACUACAAGAAAUGCCGUUUUUCCAAUUUAAUUCAUUUACUGGCAGGUUGAAGCCGUCCACCAGUUUUCAACCGUUGUAUCCCAUUUCUCCUCGUUCUUUACCAGAAGGGCAGCCAGUAAUGAUUUACGACACUAUCAAGACAAAACCUGUAAGAGUUACACCCAAGGCAAGCUAUUGCACCGACAAACCAUCCACCCUUGACCCAAAACUAUGGGCAAAGUUCAAGCAUUUUCAGGCUGCCCUGGACAAGCCAGUAUACUUGGCAGGUGGCAAAAAGGAUAAGAUGCUAUUUGCUUUCACAGUUGCAUACGUUGGUGUCUGCACAUUACAAUCACUCGUGUUUAUUGCGAAAGAAUGCUUGAAUAUUGUCUAAAUAGGAUAAGUGGGUAUUAUGUAGAUAAUAAUUGUAUAGAUACUGCGAUUCUGUAUUGACAUUAUAAAUGUUAAUGCUUGAAAAUAAUGAGAAUUAUAUCAAAUUUAAAAAAA